CAACACGCCAAUUACCGCACUUCUCGCCCCGAAAACACGCCUCGAGCUUCAGCAAACCUAGACGCUUCUAGACAGACACCCAAUUGCUCGCGAACCUACGCGCUUUCACCUGUUGCAUCGCGAUAUCUGCCCUGGACGCGCCGACUCGCGAUGUCCAUGCCAGCCUCCCGCUUUGACAUAUAGUGCCGCGUAUCCUCCACCACGGCCCUCCACGACCUUACACACCUCACACUGGCCGUCCUCAACACCCACCACCGGCCAUGUCCUCUCCGUCCUCACUUCGAGGGCAUGAAACGCCUCAGCCGAUGCCGCCGUCGAUUGGUUUCGAUGAAGAUGAAGAUGCCGCCGACGACAUACCCCGACGAUUGAUGCGAGUCAAAGUCCUUUACACGUUCGACGACCAGAACCAAUCGAACUGCCUCGCGCGGCUACCCAGCGCGUUGAACAUUCCGACAGUUUCUCUCGAUGAGAACACCCAAGUUGGGGUCAUAGAACUGAAAACUUGUAUUCAGGCUAUAGUCACGGCUAGCCCCGAAUUGGUUGCAAAGCUCGGACAUGACUACACGGUGUAUGCCUACGACUUCUCCGAAUAUGAGAACCCCCUCGUUGGCCAAGGCAUGCUUUCUUGGAUUCUGGCAUCGACAUCAUCCACUCCGAACGCCCCAGCAAACCAAUCGAAUACCAUGGUGACAGGUCGCGUCUGCAAAAACUUACUAGGCUUGUUUUCCAAUGGUAUCAAGGAGACUCUGGAGGUGAAGCUCAAACUAGUGCCUGUCCCUACGUGCCUGCAAAGCGAAUAUGUUGAAAAUAUGGAAAAGUAUCGGAGCCUGAGCAAGAUACUGCCGGAAGGGUUCGAUUACAAUUCCUGGGUAGAGUUUCUUAAGGCUAAUCCGGGUAUUGGGAAACUGGCCGGACAAGGCGCUACUUCCCCACCACAACCAGACCAACGAAUCAACAUGGGAGGCGUGGAAUCCAUACACCAGAUGCUCACGCGAACCAUAUCUCCGAGUGAUGAUGGGAGGUGUAACGGGUAUUCAUACCGAGAUGAAGAGUCAUAUAGUGCUCUAGGCAGCAGAGCAGGGAGUCCGACCCCGAGCAUGCAGUCUUGCUCUGCUCUUCAACAAAUCACUCAAGAAGCUGGAUCUCGACCAGUCUCCAGGGCAUCGAUUAGGAGCGAAAGACCGCCAUUGUCGCGGCAACAAUCUUACCAUUCCGAAAUCCAACAAGAACAAACCGAUGACGGGCCUGCUAAGAAACGAGCACGCAUCACAAAGGUGUCGCGACCAGGCAGAUCAUCCUUUGGUAUCGCUAGUGACUCGCUCCGUGUUACUGCCAGUACAGCUGCAUCGGUUCGGCUCCAUCGCCCCAUUCCAUCCUAUCCUUCCAGCAUAGCGAACUCCAUAGAACCACCACCUCGCGCACCCACCCCUCGUCCGGGAGAAAGCAACCCUACGCACUUGCGUCAUGGUCGCCCAACACUACCAAGUGCUUUGAGGCGUGGGUCGCUAGGCAACCAGCAUACUCGAUAUGUCUCACCAUACGCCGGUAAUAGUCCGUACUCCGACGCUGUCGACUCGGCAGAUGAGGAUCAAGGCGGUAGCUCUGGCGAGACACCCAUGGAGUUUCCUUCUUCCCCUCCACUUUUGCCACAGGGCCACAAUUCGCCUGCCCCUUCGAGCCCUGGACUGCCAACCCUCCCCUAUCCGGCUGAUUCUGGUUUUGUAAGCGACAACAUAAUAGAUCGGGAAGACGAAGUCGGCAGAACGAGACACGAUAGUGAGGUAUCUCAUCAAGCUCGUCUGGUGGGACAUAACAGGAAUGAUCGGACUUUCUCACAUCAUCCUUGGCAGGAGGACACCUUUGGACCCGCGGAGCCAUUGCCCAAACCAUUUCCGACUAAUCGCAACAAUUCAUUGACCGGCGACUCCGAAACCUCUGCAAGUACGAAUCGUGGUAGUGCACCAACGCCGCCUACUAUGGAGCACAGCCAUGUACCGAAUCCAUCGUCCAUGGAAGACCAACUCGUCACCGCGUUGAUACAAUCGGCCUCUGCCGAAAAUCCUCCUAGCCCUCAGCUGCUUGGUCCAGUUAACCCACAAGGUCACCCUCGAUCCGAAAGCUGUGUUCAAUUUGAAAAUCAUUCUAAAUUCCAAAACUCGUCUCGAUCCGAGAACGUUGUACAGCCCGAAAAUCCCGCUCCGCCAUCACGAAAAAGGUCUCGUCCAACUAAAGGAAGAACUUUGCCCCGCUCUCAGACUUGGUCUGGCAGCCAAACGCUAUCUGACGUACCCACGCCGUUUCCAGGCGAGGAAUGUGGUACAGCACUACCUCGCAGUGGUACUGGGCGGUCACGCAAGAAGAACAUCCAGGAGAAAGCGGCGUCUGCGAUUGCGGCCGGGCUUAUGCCCCAAUUUUGCAGUAACUGUGGGGAGAUAGAAACCUCCACCUGGCGGAAGGCCUACGCCAGAACAGAGAACGGCUCUCCAGAAGACCAUAGCCUUGCUUCAGCUGCCAAAGAGGGCAUCGUUGGCUUCGAGAUGCUGGACGCAGGGGAAGGCGAAGACACACAGUCUAAAUACCGUAUCUUCAAGCAGUCUAUAUCAGUAGACGAGCAGGAUCUGAAGGGCUUCGAAGUACUGAUGCUCUGUAACCCUUGUGGGCUAUGGUUCAACAAGAGGGGCAGCAUGCGCCCGCAGGAGAUAUGGACGAAACAAGCUGUGGAUCCCGCGAACAAACCCAAGAGGAAGAGGAACAGGCCCAACAGGGGCAACCAGGACAAGAAAUCUCAAGAUCAGGAUGCGAUCAUGUCUGAUGCCAUACAGGAGCCUUUUUCGACAGGAUUCACGGACUCAAUUACACCAAGCGAUGGCGUUCAGGCCUUGCCCUCUCAGCCCCCUGCAAAAACGAUCGAUGUCCCAGGAAGCAUUAUCCCGACUUCUUUAGAUGGAACGAUGGAAAAUAAUGGGCCUGCUGAUGAAUCUGGCGCCUCGAAUCAGAUGGAUGCUGCUGUCGCAGAAGCUGCGUUGCUGAGAGCCAUCCAGUCCAGCCCCGUCAGAUUUCACGGGACUAAGCAUAGUCCGAUCGAUUUGGAAUCAGAUCUCACUCCUAGCCCGACGAGACGUGUUCUUUUUCCAUCUCCCCGGAAGGAAGGCGAAAUCAGGACAUUGAACGAUUGUCCCGAUACAACGUCACCAACGCCGAGGGACGUGACCUCUAAUCCUACAGAGGAAUCCGUCGCACCAGGCCUUGAGCUAGACAAUGCGGAAGAUUUUGACAAAGAGAACUGCCCGCCGCUGCCGGACGAGCACGAUGAUCUUGCCCAUCUGUUCGAGGAGAUGGAUCACGAAAUUCACGGAACUCCCAAAAAUGGACAUUUGUUCUCAGAUCUCCUGAAGACACCCACCCCUAAAUCGGGAAGGCAGUCCGGGACACCAAGGCGUAGCCAGAACAACACGGCGAUCUUAACGACACCUUCUCGUGGUGCACGAGUCGGGGCACUAGCACCCUUGACUCCCUUUACAGCUCAACUGAAUGCAAUCAUGUCUGGAGGCAUCGCUGGGUCAUCGCCUUUGCAGCUACAGUCCGUUGAUUAUUCUGAUCUUGGGAUUUUCGACACGCCAGGAAGGAGUUCAAGCGCCAUCCAAUUCACUGACUGGACCAAUGACGACUUCCUCAGCAGCGAUCUCCCUAUGCCCAGCUCACCACCGGGAGGCCUAUUCUCACUUUAUGAGGAUCCGGCUACGUCUACACAUGGCUUAUGGGAUGGGACAUCGAUAUUUGGAAGCAGUGAUUCCACCCAGCAAGAUACUGAUCAAGGACAGGGAGUGGGGUCAAAGGGACAAGAUCGAUUAGAUCUAUCUGCGAUGAUUGAAGAAGUUGCGGGCACAGGAAAAAAGUCCGAGGAUGAGCAAGCCACGAAUAACGCCCAAGCGAUUACUGAUGCAUAAUUUCUUUCUGUACAGUCACAAUUGACGAAGCGUUUUGUGUUGCAUUUGGAGGGAGUUCGGAUCAUUUGGCAUGGCGGUCUGCUGUCUCAAGCAGCUUCAGAGCUCGUCAGGAGACGAUUGUGGAUUUCGUGCGCACACGAUGAUGGACGCACUCAAACUCUGGUAGCCAUGUCUGUACUUAUAGCUUCUGAUGAAAAGGACCUCCGCAUGGCGAGUAUUCACAAUUCUUUACCU